UUGCAGGAGGGGACUUCCGUCUCCACCAAUGCAAGAGGUUCUUGUUCUGUGGAUCCCUCCUCUGCCAAGAACUACGGCCGGAAGAUGGCGGCGGCCGCAGAGUUGUCGCUACUGGAGAAGUCCCUGGGACUGAGUAAGGGGAAUAAAUACAGUGCUCAAGGCGAGCGACAGAGUCCAGUUCUUCAGACAAACAAUGGUCCAAGUCUAACGGGAUUGACUACUAUAGCAGCUCAUCUAGUGAAGCAAGCCAACAAAGAAUAUUUGCUGGGGAGUACUGCAGAAGAAAAAGCAAUCGUUCAGCAAUGGUUAGAAUACAGGGUCACUCAAGUAGAUGGACACUCCAGUAAAAAUGAUAUCCAUACACUGUUGAAGGAUCUCAAUUCAUAUCUUGAAGAUAAAGUCUACCUUACAGGAUAUAACUUUACGUUAGCAGAUAUCCUAUUGUACUAUGGACUUCAUCGCUUUAUACUUAUGCAGGGUAUGCAGUAGGAAAAGGAAAUACUCUGAAAAGGAGGGAACUUGUUUGGAAUUCCUUUGCCAGCAGAAUGGACAAGGUCAUAAUCCUAUAAUGCAAAAUACUCAUAGGACUAGCUGCAAAGUUAUUGAAUUAUGAGUCUAAGUGCCCUACAGGGCACUUGGUUUUUAGGCAGGUUAGAAGUGUUGCAUUCAGUUCUUCAUGUUAAAGUUAGGGUUACAUUAACAAUAUUGAGCAUUCAAUAUGUAUUUACAUUUUCUAUUUUGGAAUAUAUGUCCUCUUUAUAUAUAGUGACUAGGAUGUUAUGAUUAAAAAUAUUAUUAUUGUCUUUUUCAAAGUGAAAUUUAAUAGACUGAUCUGUAAAUCACUGUUGACUAUCCCUUUGGGUUUCUAUCAUGAGUCAAAGUAUCUUUCCCACUCUAUAGUCCAAGUGCAGGCAAAGUAAGCAGAGAAAUAAACACCUUCUCAAGGAACAGGCCUCACAGAAUGGCAGAAUUGCACUGUGGUGUUAAAUGACAUCCCUGUUAAGUUGGGUACAAAUAAACACAGAUGUGGAAUAAAUGAUUUCUAGGUAUUAAAUUAAAGUAGGCUGGGUGUGAGGUCUAGAUCGGCCACCUGCUGAUACUGACCAAGUCCUUGUGCUUUGUUUGCUUUGGCAGUAUUAUUUGUUUUUGCCCUCAUGCAUUCCUUCAUGUGUUUGUUCACAUUAUUCAAUACGGAAUGUGUAAUCAGCACAGUGUACAAAAUAGCAGUCAAGGAACCUUCGAGUCAUCAGAUAAUCCCACUGUAUUUUGCUUCAUUGUGAGCCCAAUUUUAGUCAUGGCUGAGUUAUUCUAAGAUCUGAUCUAUCUUAACUCCCUUUGAGGAAUAUUAUGUUGCCCUUCCUUUGUUAUACUGCCUGUUAGUGUGGCUGUUUAUUGUAACACCAGUGACUCACUGCUUUCUUAAAGUGAUUUCACUGGUAGAUAAGUCAUCCCUGUGAACAGACUGUUACUCAAGAUUAUUAAACUCCUUUGUAAUAUUAUGUGCUGCUUGACUGUAAGAUUGUUAUCAACUGAAAUACUUUUGUUCUGAAGCUUGGAGCACCAUUGGAUGUAUGUGGUUCUUUUAUAAGGAAAGGAAAAAUAAAAGAAAUAGCUGCAAAAUAGUCCAGGCACACUGGCCCUAAACAAUGUCCCAAAGGUGGCAGCGUGGUGCCAGUUGGAAAUGUAGCAAAGAAGCGUGUCACCCUGAUCUGGAACAGGUCACUUAAAGUGUUUUUCACAUGAUUUCAUGGAAAAUUCGUGAUUCAGAAUAUUAUCUGCUUGGCUUCAAAGUUCAAAGUCAUGAUAGAGUGCCAAUAGGAAUUAAAAGGAAUUAUUAGGUAGAAAGAGCCAAGCACCACUAUAGACACACUGGCAUGCAGACCAUCAUGAAGCAGGAAGUGGCAGCUAGAACAAUGUCAUUGUUUCCUGUUGUAAGAAAGGAAAAAGAACUUUAGCUAGAAAGGGAUGGUGGAAAACCAGUGUUGUAAGUGAAAUAGUCCAGGGAAUUCCAUCAGAAAUGUUUUUAAAAAUCUGUACAUUUGGUGACAGAAGAAAUCGGUUCAUUUCUUUGUUUACAGUAAGUUUAUAUAGGGAAUGUCUGCCAAAAAAGUAGGAGAGUUAACAAAUCAAGGCCAUUCAUAAUUAUCUCAGGCUCUAAGCAACAAGUUCCAAAGUUUAAACUGUAAAAAGAAGUGAAAGUGGUAACCUCAUCCUUUUUUUAAAAGCUCUGUGUGUUUCUGGCAAAAGUUUCCUGAGGGAAAAUGAAUAACUGUACAUUCUCUAAAAUAGAUAAUCUAAAAAUACUGUAAAAUGGAUCAUCUAGUUAAAAAUUAUUGGAAUAGGGGGCUGGGCAUGGUGGCUCACUCCUGUAAUCCCAGCACUUUGGGAAGCUGAGGCAGGUGGAUCAUUUGAAGCCAGGAAUUCCAGACCAUCCUGGCUAACUCGGUAAAACCCUGUCUCUACUAAAAAUACAAAAAAUUAGCCGGACAUCAUGGUUAUAGUACUAUAGUGCCUAUUGUCCCAGCUACUCAGGAGGCUGAGGCAGGAGACUCACUUGAACCCAAGAAAUGGUAAAUUAGGAAAUAAUUAGGAAUAAAUUUGGAAAUGCAAGAAGCUUUAGGAGCUCUUGGAAUAAAAACUAUUUUGUACUGUGGGUCUUUUGAUGAUCUUGACACCGGAGACUCCAAAUGUAAAAUGUUUAAGUUGGAGAAUAUUUAUUUUGCUGUGUUCUGUAUGUUGUUGUUGUUGUUUUAAAUAAUAGGCCUGUGAGCAGCAUACAGUAGUCCUCUGUGACAGCAAGUGCUGUUCUGAAGUAUAAAUAUCACACAUAACAUUGCCCUUUUUACCUAGUUUAAAAUUUGGGUGAACCACUUAAACAUAAAUAAGCAUUAAAACUCUACUGUUUGGAAAUGCUUUACCAAAUGGCUAAGUGGAGAAUUAUCUAAAAUGAAAGAGCUAUGAAAGGACUAAAAUUGUAAGAAGUAAGUCAGAUUUGAAUCAUCAUAUAUUUCAGCAGCUGACACGAAAUCAAGUUGGAGUAAAACUUAUUGUUACAUCUGUUUGCUUUAACUGUUAGCAAAGAGGUUUGUUGAAGUUGAUUUUGAAUUUUAUUCAUUUAUUCAUUUUUGGUAAGAAAACUCCCAUUUCUGGUUAGAUUUGCAGCUGUGUUUAUUACUGGUUGAGCUUCUAAUAAAUCAUACAUUUUCUUUUGAAGUCCUUGGUGAAGUUUACAUAUGGUAGAGAUAUAGAAAAAGAGCAAAUGCUCUUUUAUAAAAUACUUUUGAAAUAUAGACUGAUUCUCAAUUUAUUCCACAAAUGAUUAAGUGCUGCCUAUGAAAACACACCAGACAGGUGGAUGCUCCUUUCAGUUUGAAUCUACCAGUUAGCCUAAUGUAAUUAUUUACAUGGGAAACCAUGAAUCUUCAUAAUAAAAAUUAAACUUUUACAUUAAGACA